CGGAGGCGCGAGGCACUGCUGGUCAGGUGAUGAAAUACCCUCGCUUCACUUCACCUGCUCUAGUUUCCGCAUGGGACAUAAAACAAACCCAAUGGCCACACAGUACACAGAUCUAGAAUUGGCCAUAAACACCUUGGUCAAAAACUUCCAUUCAGCAUCUCCUACUAAUGCUGACACGCUCACAGCCCAGGAGUUCCAGAGCAUGAUCUCCAAAGAGCUGCCCACCAUGGUGAAGACAGCAGGGGACCAGGAAGGACUCAACAAACUCCUGACGGACAUGAAUGUGGAAGAGGGGAAGGGUGUCGCAUUCAAGGAUUUUUGGCGAUUGGUUGAUUCUCUGGCCACUGCUCAGUUUGGAUUGCUGAGCAAAGAGAAACAAGUAAAAUGUGUGAAAUGUAGUCUGAUGUAAGACCGGCCCUGAGCAAACAAGACCGAUCAACAUUGUGUCGGUGUCCACCACAGCCCUGAGAAAAAAACAUCAAAUCAGCAGCUUCUAUUUCCCAUCACCCUCUGCAAUACUGUACAUGUCACUCUAUUGGAUUCUUUGGUAUAUUCGCUGAGGUCUUAUAAUAAUUAAGUGUUGUUACAGAGCUUCCUGAAUAAAUACCCAACAAGCCCUUACGAGACCGUGAGUAAUCUCUUUCAUCUGUGUAACCUGAGCCACACCUGCCUGGCCAGUAAGAUCUAGUGGCUAAUUUACUUCCUCAUUUGUUCUGGUGCUGCAGGUUUUUGUAUUAUUGUGUCACUUUCAACCUGCCCAAUCUUUUUUUUCUUUUUUUUGCUUUUGUUUUACAUA